AUGACUAGGUCCAUCCUCCAUACACUAGCCGACCACGCCCAGGAAGUGGAGAAAAUCAUUCACGUCCGGUUCUCGAAUUUUGUCGAUACAAUGCCCAAGGGGACGCGACAUGUCACAUUGCUGUACCAUCAGUGCGUAAUCGUGGCAACCCGACCACUUCUCCUUUCGCCUCUCAUCGAGCGAUUAGAAAACCUCGAUCACGAGAGAGAAUACUGGCAAUCGUUUUUAGCUCUUACAAAAACCCUCAUAUCCAUCGGAAUCAAGUCCGCCGUGAAAAUGCUUCAAAUACUAUCCAAGGAGGAUUAUCUUCUCGAAAUCUUCCUCCUAUAUGGCCUCGAAUUCACCUACGCCGCCGCCCUCCACCUCGUAAUGACAAACGCACUCUUCCCCCAAGCCCUAGACGGCCAAGCGUACCUCGAAGAAGCACACUGGAUCCUCGACGAAAUGAUCUCCAACGGCAACAAAGUAGCCGAGGUCCGGAAGGCAGAACUAGUACAUCUCCAAAUGCUAUUUGAGGAGCUAACAGCACGAGUAAAGUCCCAAGGGCUCCAGCCUCUAACAUUAACCAGCCCAACUGGUGCGGAAGCUGUGCCUCAAACCCAGAUAGUGGAAGAGGAUGGAGAGGGAGAGACGGUUACUGAUAUUGGGGUUUGGGAUCUCCCGAUUCCAGGUGACUCGCUUACGUCGCAUCCGGCUGAUAUGCAGAUGUCGAGUGUGGAGUUGCUUAAUAAUAUUGGGAUUUCUUCUUCGGACUUUCUAUAUAUUGUGGACCAGAUUGGGAAUCCGGAUGUUUCGUAUAGUAUUUCGGAUCUUGGGCGCGCUGGGGGUGAGAUGGAGUGA